AUGUGGGCAACGUCAACCGCCUGCUUUAGAUUGGCUAUUCUUCUUCUCUAUAUGGAGAUCUUCCCAGGGAAUAAAAAAUUCUUCUGGUGUGCGACUGGGGUGGGAGGUCUUGUCUUCCUAUAUUGGGUCUCUGCAGUUUUGACUAUAGCUUUGCUGUGCAGGCCGGUUGCCUACAAUUGGGAUCGCACCAUUCCAGGGACCUGUGGAGACGUUUUGAAGAUCCAGUAUGCUUCUGCAGGGUUCAAUAUGGGCAUCGACUUGGGAGUCGUGCUGCUGCCGCUUCCUAUUGUCUGGGGGCUGCAUAUGUCGAGUCGCAAAAAGACUGGCGUCACCGCAUCGUUUGCGAUAGGCAUUCUAACAGCAGGUGUCAAUCUGGGCCGUAUCAUCCAGACCAAGUUGUGUCCGGCCGAUGACCUGAUUUACUGCCUCAGAGACUCCUCCAUUUUUAUCAUGGCGGAAAUGACGGCAGGAAUCCUGGUGGCUUGUGUCCCAACGUUUGGACCCCUUAUAUUUCACGGACGGGACGCGCCUUCGGUGCGACCACGCGAGUUACCCACAAUUGGGUCAGCCCGAAUGCGCCCUCGCCGUCGCGCGAAAUUUGACUAUCUCCUUUCUACCCUUGACCGAAGUCACAAUGAUGAUGAGGAGAGAGGCCAUGGGCCAUCAAAAGAAGUGGAAACUGCGAUUGCGCCCACAGAACAUUUGAUUGGGACUGGGGCUAAUGGGAACGGAGCUCCCAGCUCCAGUGGUAUUUUGGUGACGCGCGACCUUGAAGUGCAAAGUCUGAAUGUCCCACCUCGAGUCUGUGAGGCAUCUACAUUGUAA